UUGUUACAGCAAAGAGCCAAAGACAGCUUAAUAUCUCUCAAGAAGCACAAUUAAAGAUACAAAUCUAGAAAUUACACAAUUUACAAGAUACACAUCCAGUACCAUUAACAGUUAGGCAAUAUAGCAGCCAGGUGAAAGUUUUAAAGGUGGCAGUAUAAAUUGCACAGCUACGGUAAAUAUAUUGCACAUAAGUGGUAUUGCACAAGAGCAUGAGGCCAGAGGUGACUGAAGUCCUUCUAUAGAUCCUACGGAGGAUAAAUGUCGCCAUCUGGUGUCAAACACUCUAUGUCCUAGCAGGCUGUUGUUUCCUGAAUGAAUACGUUCAUUUCCAAAUUACGAAUAAAACAUAGAAAAAGCUACACAGUCCCUCAUACCUGUGGAACGUCUGUACCCUGUGAGAUCCAGAUGUUUGACCUUUGUGAAGCGUCUGCAUUUCAGAAGGAAAAUCUGAUGGACUCAAGUACUGUGGUCCUGUUUCAUGAUUGAUUUUGAAUCCCCCUUUUUUUUUUGCAUUGUUUUAUUAUUUAAACAAGAUUCGACUUUAGAUAUUGUGUUAUUAAGAUCAAAAGUUGAAAUUGUUGUUCUAUUCCAUAAAUGUGGUGAAUCCAACAAAGAUUAUUGAGACAGAAUCAAAUAACUGAAGUUCAGAGUCACUUGGGUGCUGCAAAGAGGUGCAGGAAGUACAAAAGCUGAAAAAACACAAGUAUCAGAAGUGAAAGUGCAUGAUAUGCAGAAUGAUAAAGAAAAGGAAGGGUGGUUGUUUUGACAUUGCUGAAAUAGUAUUUUAGAAUGUGUUUUUAUCAAUCUUUGUUCCUUCUGUUGAGAUGUUUUAUUUUUGUUUUAUAGCUAGAUGAGUCCUCUAUGUUCAGCUGCUAAUAAUGUUUCCCCUUUUUCUUUUACAAAUGAGCUCUGCAUAUUCAAAGUAAGGCGAGGGGAAACAUGUCACCUCUUGCUCACAGGUCCUUUAAAUUCUUCCUAUGAUGAGCUUUCAUACUCAAUUGAUACCUUUCUCCAAUCAAUAACUAGAUCUUUUAUCAUUGAAACUCUGCUGUGUUUAUUGUGUAGUAAAAUUGGAUUCAAAGCUGGAGCUGUAUAUAGUUUUUCUGGUACCACUUUACAAUAAGACUACCCUUAUAAAGGAUUCAUAAAGGGUUUAUAAUUAGGUUGUAAACCCUUUAUUAAUCAUUAAGAACCAUUUAUAAAACAGUUCUAACAUUGUUUUCAUACAGGUUCACUAUUUGGCAAGAGGACUAAGCCUUAUAUUGGCUAUUUAGCGAGAAUCAACUCAGUGAACAACAGAUACCAAGGAUGCUGGCUGAUGAAGAAGACGAAGUAAGCCAGGUAGCCAAUAUAAGGCUUAGCAGUACAGAUAAAUGUGGGCUCACUAUUUGGCAAGCAACCGGUCACAGUCUCCCUGAUUAUGUCAUGUCUUAUACAAGCUUAUCAAUGAUUUAUAAGUGUUCACAACCUAAUUAAUAAAUGAAUUGUAAACUAUUCGUAAACCCUUUAUUGUAGUCUUAUUGUAAAGUGGUACUGUUUUUUUUAUACACUAUUCAUUAUUGUUCUAAAAAAUGUGUCUGUGUCUAUUGCUAUGUGACAACUUGGUUUUGAGUUAUAUUUAAACAAUUGACCGUUUUUUUGUAAAGUUUUUGUAAAUGUGCUUCCUGUUUUCUUAAACGCUGGCACCACUGUCUCAGGAUGAAAUCAUGGCACAGCACAAGUUUAUGGAGGUUUUAUUUUGUAAGCAGCCAGAAGUUCAGUGUCUGUAUCUGCUGCUUACACGAACCAUGAACCUGAACCUAGCUCCUGCAGCAUUUACCGAGAACCACGUGAUUCCCGGAUAGUUGAGAGUGAGCGGAUAUCUUUCUGACUUUAUGUUGCUCUGAGGAAGGAAACCGGUUUAGGUCAGAGGUGUAUCAAAGUGAUCCUCCUUAUUUGAGUCAGUUUUUCAAAAACAGCAAAGCUAACUCCAAUCAGAAGGUGUCAUAACAUUUUAAAGAGACAAUACAGAUGUUCUUAAAUUGAUUAUUUGAACUUGUAUUUUCUUUAUGUGUGAACAACUGACCACCACCAAGACUAUUAAAUAAAGCCCCCAUUUUCAUUCAUUUGAGAGUUGUUGCCCAGGACUCAUGCGGGUUGGGGCUAAUUUAAAAAGUAUCAAACUAAAAACACACAAUUACAGGAGUCAAAAUAAGGCUACAGGAAGGAAAUAGACGGUAAUUCACCUUUAUAUAUCAAGUAAUAUUCAACAUUCAUUAUGGGAAAUAUGGUUAAUUGUGGAGACAUUGACAUUUCUAUUUGUUGGUGGAUUAAGAAACACUAAUAUUCCAAGUCUUUGAGCAGAACCAGGGUAGCUGUUUCCCCUGGCCUCCAGUAUUUAAAAAUGGAGGCUCUGUUGCAUUCAGGUGUCAGGUGUUUGGGUCUUGGACAGAUGAGGAGGAGGAGGAGGUGCAUAAUGUUUACUGAAGUAAAAGUAGCAAUAAUGCAGAGUCAAUUUGCAAUUCUUCUGUAUAUCUGUAAAUGAUAGACUAUCAUAUAUACAGUAUAUUAUAAGCUUAUAUUCCUGCUACUGCAGUAUUUUUUAUAUUUUUAAAGAACAUUUCAAUUAUCCAGAAUUUUGUAUAUUGUUUAUAUUAGAUAUAGUAUUUUUCAUUUUCAUUUUAUUUUACUUUUCCACUUUUUAAGUAUUUGUAUUUUAAUGUUAAUGUCUAAGUCAAAUAAAAAUACUUAAGUACAAGUCCUGCACUUGAAAUACUUUAAGUAAAGUAAAAAUGAUUCGUUAUGCAAAAUGGCCGUUUUAAGCACCAGAUUUAAAAGAAAAUUAUUAAAAGUAUUUGUGCAUUUUAUAUUCCUAAUCCUCACUUCAAUGUUGCACUUGGUAAAAGUGUGGUUAAUCUCAACUACUUUAUGGGUAGCGUAACCUAUAAUAAUAUGCGCGUUGUAUUAUUUAUUAUAUCUAUAACCUAAAUCUGCUAUGACAAUUUAAACAAAAUUGUGGAGUCUUGGAUUUAGUCAGAGUUGUCGUUCGUUAUCACCACCCGGAAACGAGUUAAAAACUCAGGGAGCAAGCACACAAGUCGUUGUAAACAACACGUACCUUUAUUUUGUGAAUCAGGAAGUUGUGUAAACCGGGUAAACCGGGUAAACCGGGUAAACCCCGUUUGACUUGACAGAGCUCAGCGGAAUGAUUUCUCGAGAAUCACGUGAUAUGUGGGAGUACCGGGUGUAUAUAAGGAACGCAGGACAGGACUGGAGCAACGCGCUGUUUUACAUUACUGACCUGCUGCUCUAUCGAUAAACAACAAGACAAAACAACAAUAACCACAAGACUGCAGAUGGCCCAGUGGCAGGACCUGCUGCGGCUGGACGCGGCCCUCCAGGCCCGAGUGAGCCAGCUGUACGAGGGGAGGUUCCCCAGAGAGAUCCGCCACUACCUGUGCGUCCUGAUAGAGAGCCUGGACUGGGAUUUGGCAGCUGGGGAUGAAAAUGCAGCAAGCACAUGUUUCCAUGCACUGCUGGAGGAUCUGCAAGAACAGUGGAUCCGUUCCGUGCAGGAGAACAUCCUCUUACAGGGACCUGAUUACACUGGGAUGAAGGACUACCUGCUGAAAAACUUUGAAUAUAAGCCACUGAACCUGGCUGUAAUCCUCUCUGAGUGCCUGAAGGAGGAACAGAAGAUCAAGGCUUCAGCCUCUGAAGCACAGGCUUGUGGCAGUCCAGACAUUGAUCAAAAAUGGAAAUGGAAAGAUAUGGACAACAAAAUCAAUGAACUGAAAAGACUGAUUAUGGAGGUGAAGAAGGAAAUGAAGUCACUGGAGAUUCUUAAUGACAACCUUGACUUCAUACAGAAGACCUGGCAAAACGAAGUGGAGCAGGACAUUGGAUUGGCCCACUCCCAUGCUGUUGUGGAAGAGGAAUGUUGUAAGCGGACCAACUUUAUCAUACAAACAAAGCAGGUGGUGCUGCAGGAGAUCGUGAACAUUUUGAACCUAGCUCAGCCGAUUGUGGCGACUCUCACCGAGGUGGAGCUGUCCGAAUGGAGGCUCAGGCAGCAGCUGGCCUGCAUUGGAAGCCCGGUCGACACCUGUCUGGACCAUCUCCAGAAGUGGUUCACAGCUGUGGCCGAGGUGCUACUGGGAGUGCGCGAACAGCUGCAGAAACUGAAAGAGCAGAACAACACACCCGACAGCACCAAUGCCUCCAACCUGCCUGGCCUCAUGGCAAUAAUUGAGAACCAAACACUGUCCUUGUUCACACAACUACUUGCAAAUGCUCUGGUGGUUGAGAAACAGCCGAUCAUGUUGAGUUUACCACAACGACCUCUGAUACUGAAGACCGGGGUGCGCUUCUCCGUGAGAGUGAGUUUUUUAAUUUGUCUUUUCAGGUUCUUGGCAAACCUUCCAGAAUUCAAGUGCCUGCUCAAAGUCAAACCUGUAUUUGACAAGGAUGUUGAAGAAGUCAAAACGGUUAAAUGGUUCCGUCACUUCGACUUCAACCGCGAUGAGUGUAAAGUGUUGGACGUGGACUCGCCCAAUGGAGAUUUGGUGACCGAAUUUGUUCACAUGUCUCUCAAGGAAAUCAAAGGAAGAACGAAAGGAUCAAUUGAGGGUCGCCUGGCAGUCACUGAAGAACUCCACAUCAUUACGUUUGUGACAGAGUUCCGCCAUGUUGGACUGGAACUCAACAUUGAGGCCAGCACUCUGCCUGUGGUUGUCAUCUCCGCUACCACGCAGGUCUCCAGCGCCUGGGCCUCCAUCAUGUGGAACAACAUGCUGUCCACCGGUGACUCCAGGAACCUGCAGUUGUUUGUGGACCCUCCUCCCCUCACAUGGGAGCAGCUGUCCCAGGUUCUCAGCUGGCAGUUUUUGUGCACUGGCAAGCGGGAGCUCGACGAAAACCAGCUCUCCGUGCUAAGAGACAAGAUUGUGGAUGAUCCUGAUGAUCUAGUUCACUGGAGCAAGUUCUCCAAGAAUGAAAAUGCCUGGCUCUGGAUUGAUGGAAUCCUGGAUCUGAUCAAAAAACACUUGGUUGAUCUGUGGCGGGAUGGGUCCAUCAUGGGGUUCAUCAGCAGGGAAAGAACAGCUGAACUGUUGAAGGAAAAACAGACCGGGACCUUUCUGCUCCGCUUUAGCGAGAGCAAAACAAAUGGAGCCAUCAGCUUCAGCUGGGUCGACAACUCCAAUGGUGCGCCUUUUGUGCAUUCAAUAGAUCCCUACACCAAGGACGAGCUGGAGAAGACGUCUCUGCCGGACUAUAUCAACACUUACAGUCUGAGAGGCCGGAAGAGCAGACACACCAACCCCCUGCUCUACCUGUACCCAGACAUCCCCAAAGACACCGCCUUUGGACACUACUUCACCAACACUGCAGAGCAAAUGCUGGGCGAACAUGGGUACGUUCCCAGAAAAAGGCGGGAUUUCUCAGAUAACCCUACACCACCUCCGUCUCCACCUAGGGAGCCCAAUACGGACAUGGACAUGGACGUAGAAACAAAACUGGAGUAUCAUGAACUGAUUCAGGAACUCUUUUCUGGUUCAUUCAUAUUUCCUGAAUACUACGGCUCAUCUUAUGAAAAAACGGCAUCAACUCCAACCAGCUUUGUCGAUCCCCGUUGCUCCGUUUGAGUGUGCAUCAGAAAGAAUCAAGAAUAUUGUCUUAUGUGUUUGUAAUGAUUCUCCAAAGAUUCUGCUUAAUGUAUAUAUUGUGCUAAGCUACAAGUAAUGUUAAGAAUAUAGGUGUGCUAGAGGUGGAUCUUACAAAAUGUGUGACGGAUUUCUACUGCACCGUUUCAACAUUUCUAUGAAACUUGAUUAUCUAUAAUGACAACAAAUGAGUAAAAAUUAGUGCUGUUGUGUUUAAAAUCACUUGUAAAUGUACUUUUUUUUUCAUAUUAGGAAAAAGCUGUCAUCAUAAAGUGUGUGUAUAUAUAUACCUGGUUACCAUUGACAGGUUCUUUCUUUCAGUCUUUAUUUCGAACAGAUUAAAAAAUAACAAAUGGGAAAAACAGAAUACCGUAUUGUUAUAAUACAGUAUUUAUCCACAUUCAUGGUAAGCACUUUGAAUUGCCUUGUGUUGAAAAGUGCUAUAUAAAUAAACUUGCCUUGCCUUGCCUAA